AUGAAGGUGACUUUAAUAGAGAAAUAUAACUGCCUGAAGGAGCCCUAUAGACACACACACAGAGCAUUUCUGCAAAACACUGGGCCAUUUGGUUGGCCGGCUGGCUGGGUCAUCAGGCUCCUCCUGUCAACAGAGAGAAAUGUUAAGCUGUGUUUGUUCUACCAGGUGGAGGCCGAAGUGGAUCACAGCAUCAAGAAAGUGUACGACGCAUACAAUGGCACCAACCCGGAUGCUGCCAGCCGGGCGAUUGAUUACGUGCAGAGGCAGCUGCACUGCUGUGGGAUCCACAACUACACAGACUGGGAGUCGACCGCCUGGUUCAAAGAAGCGAAAAACCACAGCGUGCCGCUCAGCUGUUGCAAAGCCACGCUCAGCAAUUGCACGGGGAGCUUAGCGCAUCCCGCAGACCUUUACUCCGAGGGUUGUAAAGUCUUGGUGGUGAAGAAACUACAGGAGAUCAUGAUGUACGUUAUAUGGGCUGCCUUGGCAUUUGCUGUUAUUCAGGUAGGAUUCAAGACCCUCUGCUUUGUUCUCCUGAGGAUUAAAAAUAAGACCCUUUUCGUUUUCUCUGCUCGGACGCAUCGGUGCCCCUUGAAAAGAUGCAAAUAGUUACAGCCGUUCCACCUAUUGGGACAGCUAAUAUUUGAUGACAGUUUCCAGCUUUUUGAGCACAAAAAACAAAUGCAAUUGUUUCCUUGUAAAAAUACAGAAUGAGGUCAUUUCCAGGAUUCACAGCUCACGUAUGUUUCUUCAAAGUCUGUGUAAAUAGUGCGUUGGACCCAAAGCACACAAAUGUCAGGACAUUACAACCAUUGUAAAAAAAUAAAAUAAUAAGCAGAUAUAAGCUGAAAACAAACAAAGCCAAAACCCUCUUUUGAAUAAAAGCACAGAAUAAACCCAGGAUUAUUUUAAAAGGAGGCUUGUCUUGCAGGGACAAAAGUAUUUCUAGGCUGCAGAACCAACCAAGGAUAGAGCCCAGAUGUCUUGAAGCAAAGUAGGUUGGAGAUCUACGUUAGACAGAUUAACUGAGUUGGAAGGGACCUUGUAGGUCAUCUAGUCCAACCCUCCAUCCAAACAGGAGACCCU